AUGUCCGCAAUUACGCCUCAACAGCCUCCUGCGCCGCAUCCUCGCCAGCCCGAUCCUUCUGGUGCGCUGUAUGGCGACGUUCCUCUUUCGGUGCCUCGUAGGUGCAAGGAUUCGCCUUACGUCACCAUUCUUUCGCGCCUCGACGGUGUGACCGCCUAUACUAUGCGACGCGCCAACGACAGCGAAGAUGUAACUGUGCAAUGCAAGAUCGAUACGCGCAACGAGUAUCUCUUGAUGGUCGGCACCACGCUUCAUUACGACAAGUCCAAUAACAACGAGGCUCGGAUUAGGUGUGCCUAUGCCCCGCUGGCGCGUGUGAUCGCUCUUCAGCAGCCGUCGACGGACCUGGAUCGCUGCAUGGUCGACCAUGCCAACAACAAUCCACUCGACAACACGGCGGCCAACCUGCACUGGGUGACGUUGAGCUUCAAGCUCAACGUGCAGAGAAGGCCGCCUUCUUCCGGUUUCAACCUGAUCACGCGGCUCAAGUGCGGGUCUCAGCUCGACAAGACGCCGCAUCUGCUCAACCAGGUCGGCGUCGGCGCGAAUUCUCGUGUGUCUGAGGCAUGGAUGCAAGCCAGCCGCGUCGAGGGAUCCCCGUCGACAGCGCUGGCUUUGACAGCUCAGCACGUACUGCUGUGCUACAAGCCAAUGCCCCUUCAACGACCCCUGUAA